CAGCGGGUGAACAAUUACGGCUGCGAUUGCAGCGGGAGUUCCUCUUCCCCGGGGCUUUAAGACAAGGCAGAGCUGAGCGAGGGCAGAGGGGAGGGGACAGCACCCGGACAGGCAGGAGCAGCAAUGGGGGACGCCUUCAUCCGGCACAUCGAACUGCUGGGCUACGAGAAAAGGUUUUUCCCCAGCCAGCACUAUGUCUACAUGUUCCUGGUGAAGUGGAAUGACCUCACUGAGAAGGUCGUCUAUCGCCGCUUUACUGAGAUAUACGAGUUCCACCCCCAAAGUGGUUUGAUGGGCAGCGCUCAACUGAGAACAGGCAGGGCACCCUGGCUGAGUACUGCUAUGCGCUGGUCAACCUACCCCACAAGAUCUCCCGGUGCCUGCACGUGGUCAACUUCUUCAAGGACCAAGAAGCCUGUGGUCUUCCUCCUGCCAAAGGAUUCCAAGAAAAACCUCGCUGACAUCACGGGCCCCAUUGUCCUGCAAACGUACCGAGCCAUCGCUGACUAUGAGAAGAGCUCCACAUCUGAGAUGGCUCUCAAAGCUGGGGACAUGGUGGAUGUUGUGGAGAAGAGUGAGAACGGCUGGUGGUUUUGUCAGCUGAAGAAUAAACGAGGCUGGGUACCUGCUGCCUAUCUGGAGCCAAUGGAUGGUCCUGAUGAGUCUGAGGAGCAGGAGCCUAACUAUGCAGGUGAAGCGUACGUGGUACAGAAAAGCUACACUGCUGUGGAAGAGGAUGAGCUGACCCUCAAGGAGGGUGACACCAUUGAAGUCAUCCACAAGCUCCUUGAUGGCUGGUGGGUCAUCAGGAAGGAUGAAACCACAGGCUAUUACCCCUCCAUGUACCUGCAGAAAGCCGGGGAGGUGAACACCUCUGUGAAGAGUGAGCUGAGGAACCGCGGUGCUCCUCCACGGAGAUCCACCAUCCGAAAUGCGAAGAGCAUCCACAAGCAGGGCCGGAAGCAAAUCAGCCAGGAGACGUACAGGAGGAACAGCAGGAAGUACAUCCAGAACCAGCGGAACAUGCGGGGAAGGUCCCACAAGGCCAAUGUCAUCAUUGAGAAAAAUGAGCCAGAGGACAACAAGCCCAAGGCUCAGCCUGCUGUUCCUCCCCGUCCCAGCAAAGACCUCAUCCUGAACCGCUGCACGGAGAGCACCCGGAAGAAGAUCCUGUGAGGAUCCUGUGAGGAUCCUGUGAGGAUCCUGUGAGCCCCACACCAGCCACCCAAAGCUUCAUCUCCCCCAGCUCCUGUGCAGCUAGGGCUCAGAGACACUAAUUUUGAAGAUUUGAGAAAAGCUAAGGUGAUAGUUAACAACAGACGUUGCUGAUUUAGCUGAAAUGAAUAGAUGAGCUUUGCUGAAAUCAGUUAAAAGUUAGAGGAUGGUUAAAAGAAACUGGAUUUAAGAUAAGCUACCCUGAAUCUAAUAACUCAUUGCUUGUCAAACAGAGAAACGAAUCAAUUCAACACAAGACCUCCUGUUUCCAGAAACCCACUGAAAUAGUCCUGGAAAACAGGAAACAGGGAGUUCUACCAUCCAUUAAUCACAUCUGCAUUGAAAAGGUUGAAAGUUUAGAAUGAGGAAGACUCGUUCUACUCCUUCCUUUCGGUGACCACUCCUCACAAAAGGACCACCAGACCCAUUUCAGGAAACAAACUCCACGUGCUUAAUCGCCUUUUUGUCAAUUGGCACCCUCCAGAAGUGACGGGUAUGAAUAUGCAUUUGUAUUUUGUGUAUUCAACAUUUUUGUAAAUAAAAGGCUCUGUAAUCACCUGUGAUCUUUGCAGUUCGAAUUAGGAAGAUAUCCCAGGAGCUGCCCAGCAUUGCAAUAAACAUACACUCUCUAACUUUAACUGUUAGAGAGUUUUUGUCUGUCACAGUUGGAUAUUGAUAUUAGAUCAAUAUUAAUAUUUUAAUAAAUCAGCUCGGAGCUGGACCAGGGAUCCAGCUGGUUGUGGCAGCCACCAUAGGCCAGGGAGGCUGCUGGCCAUAUCAGCCCAGAGCCCACCCUCAUCCUCCAUCACAGCCAGCCCAGGGUGUCCUGACUGCACUUUGAGGAGGGACCAGCCCUUAUAACCACCCAAAGCCCUCAUCCCUAGAUGCCCUUCUAUUACCUCUUUGCAUUUUGAAUUAUUUUUGUGGUUUUCAUCAAUAAAGGAGAGACACUUGAUAGACCUGAGGAGCAGUGUGGGCAUGGUGGCAGGAAAGGUCUUCCUCCCGGGUGGGUAUUGGGCAGGGGUCUCUUGCAAAAGAUGCUGGCCCUGAGGAAAUUUAGCUGGGGGGAUGAAAGCACAGCAGUUUCCUCCUGGAAGGUGGCUUCUUGGUGUGAAAACCACAGUUCACUUUUGUUAAAACUUUAAAAGUUUAAUAAUAAAAAUAAGACAGUAAGAGACAUAAAACCCACAAAAGUUUCAGACGUCUGGUGCCUGGCAUUCUAUCACGAAGCACCCCUUGCUAACAAAGGAUCUCCCCUUAAAAACAAUAAGCUAUUGCAUAUUCAUAAAUCUUAUACACAAGUCAAACAUUCUUUUUGACUUUGUCUCUGAUUAAUUUCAACUUUUCUCCCCCAUCAUUCCAUCCUGUAAAUCACUUUCCCGUGGCUCCACAAAGUCCCAAAUUCCCUGAUAACAGAGGCAAUAAAUUCUUCCUUUUUGGGAUUUUGGUGUCUGCUGCUGUUAACUCUAUCCUGAUAGGAUGAUGUGAAGAAUUUAAUUGUCUUCUUCAUUCCUUGAGCUAGUUACAAAAAGCAUUUUACAUUACCUAGUUUCUAUUUUAAUAUUAUGCUAUAGCCUAAAAACUAUAUUUAUCACACGACUAAAAUAGA